AUGACGGGCUCAGCGGCUCCACCUACUGCUUUCGACCUCCACGGCGAAGUUGCUCUCGUAACUGGAGCCGGCUCCCGAAUGUCAGGCGAGGUCGGCAAUGGGAGAGCGACAGCUAUUGUGCUCGCUCGACAAGGCGCUAAGAUCGCUCUCGUCGAUUACAAUAUCGAAUGGGCCGAGGAGACGAAGCGCAUGAUUGAUGCUGAAGGUGGCGUUUCCGAAGUUAUCCAGGCUGACGUGACGGAUGAAGAGUCCUGUCGGAACGCUGUUGCAAAGACUGUCGCCUUGUGGGGUGCUCUGAAUAUUCUUGUAAACAUCGUCGGGGUUGGAGGCGCAAUGGGCGACGCCACGAAAGUCGAUAUGGACGCUUGGGAUCGCGAUAUACGGAUCAACCUCACAAGCAUGGUGCUGAUGGCUCGACACGCAAUUCCCGAAAUGCGCAAGCAAGGGUACGGAAGAAUAGUGAACCUGUCAUCCGUAAGCGGUCUGCUCGGUGGCAAUCCAAGCUUGCUAUACCCCACCACCAAGGGCGCGAUUAUCCAAAUGACUCGAGCCAUGGCUGCCCAGCAUGGCCCAGAAGGCAUUAACGUGAACUGCGUGGCGCCGGGGAUGGUGUAUACGCCCAUGGUCCGAGGCCGAGGUAUGACGGAGGAGCUUCGCCAGGCGAGGAUUAACCAGAACCUGCUAAAGCAGGAAGGUACUGCAUGGGAUGUCGGUUACGCAAUUCUCUUCCUGUGCACGAAAGAAGCUCGCUGGAUCACGGGUGUGAUCCUACCCGUAGAUGCAGGAACCACAGCAGGCAAAGCAGAUCGACCAGCACUGAAGGCGGACACGCUGGCUCAGAGCAUGACCGGUGUGCCAAACAGAGUCACAAACGGACAUUGA